AUGAACGCAGCGGUGGAGCACCCGAUCGGGAGCCUGGGGAGGUGCGCGUGCCCACCAGCUGCUGGUGGGGGCAUUGCCAGGAUUGUGGUUGAAUCCUGACAAGACAGAAGUACUGUUUUGGGGGGACAGGAGGCAGGCAGGUGCGGAGGACUCCCUGGUCCUGAAUGGGGUAACUGUGCCCCUGAAAGACCAGGUGCGCAGCCUGGGAGUCAUUUUGGACUCACAGCUGUCCAUGGAGGCGCAGGUCAAUUCUGCGUCCAGUGCAGCUGUUUACCAGCUCCAUCUGGUACCCAGGAUGAGACCCUCCCUGCCCGCAGACUGUCUCACCAGAGUGGUGCAUCCUCUGGUUAUCUCCCGCUUGGACUACUGCAAUGCGCUCUACGUGGGGCUACCUUUGAAGGUGACCCAGAAACUGCAACUAAUCCAGAAUGUGGCAGCUAGACUGGUGACUGGGAGUGGGCACUGAGACCACAUAACACCGGUCUUGAAAGACCGACAUUGGCUCCCAGUACGUUUCCAAGCACAAUUCAAAGUGCUGGUGCUGACCUUUAAAGUCCGAAACGGCCUUGGUCCAUUAUACCUGAAGGAGCAUCUCCACCCCCAUUGUUCAGCCCGGACACUGAGGUCCAGCUCCGAGGGCCUUCGGGAGGUUCCCUCCCUGUGGAACGCCCUCACAUCAGAUAUCAAAGAGAUAAACAACUAUCUGACGUUUAGAAGACAUCUGAUGGCAGCCCUGUUUAGGGAAGUUUUUAAUGUCUGGUAUUUUAAUGUAUUUUUAAUCUUUUGUUGGAAGGUGCCCAGAGUGGCUGGGAAAACCCAGCCAGAUGGGUGGGGUACAAAUAAAUGAUGAUGAUGAUAAUGAUGUCUGCAGUGAGGAUGAACGGAGGGGGAAGGCCCUUCGCUCAGCAGUUUAGCUGGGUGAAGCCCCUCCUCCCUUUUAAAAUAGGUGGGACGGAGUGAGAGGGGAGGGGCUUUAGUUAAGAGGGGAGGGGCUUGGGGCAAACUUUGGGGAGAUAGGCGAGGGGGUGGGUGAAGUGCAAAGGGAGAGGGGUUGGUCAAGUGUGAGGACGGGCAAGGGGAUUGUGAUAGGAAUAUUAUGGUCUUAGAUAUAUGGUAAUGUUCAUAACUGCACGUACUGAAGGAAGGUGAGGACAGGUGACCUCACCUAGGCCCGAAGUCGUCACCCCCCCCCCAAGCAGGCUCAAAGCUUCUCAAAGCUUUUCAAAAUCAUUUUCUCAGCAGCUAAGCAUCAGAAACAUUCCGCUUGCUGUAACUAAAAAGAUUGCAACAAGGUAGAGAACAGAGCCCAUUGUCUUCUCAGGCCUUUCUCAGAACCACAUUGCAACUUGCUUUCUCUCCGGGAACCAUGCCAAAGCUCAAGAAUGAAACAACUGGAACACACUGAAACCCCCUCACCCCCUUUCCUGCCAAGAGUCCACAAUAGUCCCAAGACAGCUUUCUGUUCAUGCUCAGAGGAACUCCUGAGGGAGGAGAAAGGAGGAGGGAACUGGAAAGGGGUAUACAGUGGUGCCCCGCAGGAGCCAGACGCCUGCAGAAGACCGGAAGAACCACGCUAGGCAAAGGGUUUUCCCGUUUUGGGCGCUUAUCGCUCAUUUCCCUAUGGAAGCGCCCGCAGGGCGAAGCCCAUGGGGAGGCUCUCGAGGACCUCACCAGUGCUAGCGGUGAGGAACCGCCCCCCCCUCCGGCCUUCAGAAGGUCCAGGAAGGCUAGGCGGGGCGAAGGCUGCUCCACGCAGCAGCACCUGGCAGUCCGGGGAUGGCAGGAGCGCUUCCGGCUAUCCCGGGCCCGGCUUUUGAGGCCCGGGAGAGGGUCCGCGAGCCUGGGCGCGCUGAUCUCAGCGCGCGCGGGCCGGCAGUGCGGCAACUCGGCGCGGCGCGCUCCGCUGCUCGCGGAGUCAGCAGGAAGCCUGGGCGCGCUGAUCUCCAGCGCGCGCGCAGGCCCCGGCAUGCGGCUGGCUCUCCGCAAAAAAACUGGCGGCAGCGCUGCCCGCUGCUCGCGGGAGUCCCGCGAGAGCCUGGGCGCGCUGAUCUCAGCGCGCAGGCCUUCAGCAUACCUGGCCUCUCCGCAAACGGCCCGGCCCAGCUAUCUGGAAGUCCAGCAUGGCUCUCGGCGCGCUGAUCUCAGGGUAGCCAUGGGUGCUCGACAUGCAGCAGCUCCGCAGCAGCGGCAGUGCUGGGGGUGGGCCUUAGUGGGCAGCACGAGGCAGGUGGGGGGGCCAGGCGCACCCGGCCCCGCGGCCUUCAGAGAGGUCCAGGACCUCUUCUGAGGCUGGCGGGGCAGUCACUCACCCCUGCCUGCCUUCUGAAGCCCCCAAAUUUGGACAGGCGGAGAAGUCCUCCGCUGUCCCGGGAACAAUUUUAAAAUACCGCCCGCCAGCAUUUAAGAUCGCCCCGGACAGCGGAGAAGCCCUCUGCUGUCCAUUUUAAGUACAGGUGGGGGUGGGAAGAAAGCCAUGUCCCCCCCCCAGCCUUCAGAAGGGUGGGGGUGUUAUCGGACUGGUCCAAAUUAGUUUUCCAGGCAUUAAUUGAUUUUCCAAUGCAUUCCAUGAAACCCGUGCAUCACUAAAACGAAAAACUAUAAGAAAAAACUUAGAUAAUUAUUAGUCUUACGAAGGCCUACCAUAUAUGUGCACAUGACUGUGAACUUCGUGCAUGCUUUUGUGACUUAUCACACUUGCUCCUUCUACCAGUUCAUGGAUGGUAGAAAUAAAAGCCUUUUCUCCGAAACUAUUCCUUGAGUGUCUGUUGACUCCCACUUCCCUUUCCCAGGCGCAAUAUUUUUCCCACCUGAGGGCAAAGCCUCAUAAGGCUACAGUACACAGUACAUAGAUCAGCCCAGGAAGACCGACCUGAAGCCAUUUUGAUUCCUAAACUGAGCAAAUGUUUUCUCUGCAAGGUCAAAGUGGAAAAGCCUCUCCAUUGUCUUUUCCUUCACAAAUCCUGUCUUAAGGGUAUGUCUGUGUUUGAAUAGGGUGUGAGCCUGUGACCUGGCCCCAGGGAAUCCAAUCAAGUAACCUGCCAGACAGGAGAUAAACAAGGACAAGAGAAAAACAACAUGCAAAUUUCUGUUUAGACCGCCUUUUUCUGUGAUGUAGGUGUGAUGUAUCUGAGGGAUGGUCUUAGGUUACACCCCUUCUGUGAUGUAUGUAUGAUGUUUCUGGGGGUGGUCUUGAUCUACAGGGUGGCAAUUUCAAAAGUCUUUAUAAGGCCUUGCACACUAUUUUUCUGGGUCCUCCUCCUCUCCUGCGUGUGAGGGGAGCACCCUGUUGCAACAGAUCAAUAAAGAUCAGGCUUACGAGCUGCUUUGCUUCUCAAUAUUCUCUGGUUGGCCUCUGUUAUUUUCUCCUACCAAUAGGGAACCUAUGUAAGGACUCUAUAUGGGCUCUUGGAUACCCCAUAAGGGAAAAGGACAUUUUUUAUUUACAACAGGGUAAAUUAAUUAUUAUUGAGACUUUUUUUUUGUAAAAUGACUUCAUGUUUGUUGUUUUUGUUGUUUACAGUCCAACAGUGGAGUUGGCAAGUGAGGCAAGCAGGCGUUGCAGCCCCUAGUAUGUGGGUGUGUGGAUAUCAUUCUGUGCAGGGGAGCCUGAAAGCAAAAUAGGCUUUCCAAAUUUGGGGAAGUGAAACUGGCUUCUAUUAAUUGCAGGAGGAAGUGUCACAGCCAAAAGAAAAGAAAAGCCUUUCUUCUGCAACUGAAACAAGAGUUCCCAAGACACAACGCAGACGGGAAUGUGGGUUUUCCUGCCACUUUGAUGGCUGCUUUCAACUCUUCGCUGUGGCUGAUCCGUCUCUUCCUACAGCUCCACCUCUUCCUGCAAACCCCUGGUGAGUCUGGAACAAACAAACUCGUAAAUGCCGUUAAAUCGACUAGGACCUGCUUUCUGAGCUUAGUGAAACACGCUCUCUAGGGAGGGAAGUGAUUUGUGGCUUCACGCUGCUUGCGUGCAGUAGAAACCCAGAUGAAGAGGACCUUUCAGGUCUCUUCAUUGUGGUCCAUUACUGAUCCUUCCAGAGUUGGGUUCAAUAGUUUAUUGAUAGGGUUGCCACCGGGUCUCCAGAAGAUUAGGACCUGAGACUCAGAGGGUGGCAAUUAGGGCCUCCAUAGGGGUAGAUGCUAGAAGGAGCAAUUUCUCAAGGGCUACUGGUCAUGUUGACUACAUUAACACAUGUGCAUUGAGGUUGAAUCCUGACAAGACAGAAGUACUGUUUUGGGGGGACAAGGGGCGGAUGGGUAUGGGGGACUCCCUGGUCCUGAAUGGGGUAACUGUGCCCCUGAAGGUCCAGGUGCGCAGCCUGGGAGUCAUUUUGGACACACAGCUGUCCAUGGAGGUCAAGGUCAAUUCUGUGUUCCAGGGCGGCUGUUUAUCAGCUCCAUCUGGUAUGCAGACUGAGACCCUACCUGCCCACAGACUGUCUCCCCAGAGUGGUGCAUGCUCUGGUUAUCUCCUGCUUGGACUACUGCAAUGCUCUCUACGUGGGGCUGCCUUUGAAGGUGACCCGGAAACUACAACUAAUCCAGAAUGCGGCAGUUAGACUGGUGACUGGGAGUGGCCGCCGACACCACAUAACACUGGUCCUGAGAGAUCUUCAUUGGCUCCCAGUACGUUUCCGAGCACAAUUCAAAGUGUUGGUGCUGACCUUUAAAGCCCUAAACGACCUCUGUUCUGUAUACCUGAAGGAGCGUCUCCACCCCCAUCGUUCAGCCCAGACACUGAGGUCCAGCUCCGAGGGCCUUCUGGCGGUUCCCUUGCUGCGAGAAGUGAGGUUACAGGGAACCAGGCAGAGGUAGUGGCGCCUGCCCUGUGGAACCCCCUCCCACCAGACGUCAAGGCAAUAAACAACUAUUUUACUUUUAAAAGACAACUGAAGGCGGCCCUGUUUAGGGAAAUUUUUAAUGUCUGAUGCUGUAUUGUUUUUAACACUCGAUUGGGAGCCGCCUAGAGUGGCUGGGGAAACUCAGCCAGAUGGGCGGGGUAUAAAUAAUAAAUUAUUAUUAUAUUAUUAUUAUAAAACAGCCUACUGGAUCAGACCAGUGACCCAUCUAGUCCAGCAUCCUGUUCUCACAGCAGCCGGCCAGAUGCUUAGGGGGAAAGAGCCUGCAAGCAGGAUUCGAACACAAGACCCUCUCCCCUCCUGCAGGUUCCAGCAACUGGUAUUCAGACACGUGCCUCCAAGAAUGGAGGAAAGGACAUCAGGGCUAGUAGCCACUGGUCGUCUUAUCCUGCAAGAAAUUGUCUAACCCUCUUUAAAAGCCUGCAAAGUUGGUGGCCGUCAACAAAUAAUUCUUUCAAUACAUUAGUUGCUGGUGACCGGUGAGGGAGCAAUACCAUUGGCAUCUGCCUGUCUCGGGAGACAGUGGAGUAUGCCUUUAAGGGCGAAGCCAAACUGUUGGAAGUUUGCACCACCUCCUGUGCCCAUAGAGACCAACAGGGGAGAGACAUGUUUUGUUGCAGCUGGGGCAGAUGAAGGCGUCCGGUUGCGCCGACGCAGAUGCACCAGGACGUUUCUUCUCUGCGCUCCUCCCAGCGGUCAUUUGUCCUCUGGUGAUUGCUAUGGAUGUAUCCCCACAGUUAUUUCUGCUGCACUAGCAGCACCCAAGUGACCUCCCCGGGGUGCAAGCCUGGGCAGUGUGUAUAGAGGUCCUAGGCUGCCCAGAUGACAAGACCCUCUUGGCCUCACUGAUGUGGUCCAAAGGAAAGCAGAGCAAGGCGUUUGGCUCCAGCUUGGCUGCAGGAGUUGCUGGAAUGAGGUGGACAAGGAGCCAUCCAACCACCUUAGGGAUUCGACUCUGGAUUUUUGUAGGGUUUACUCCUCAGCCUUUUCUUUUCUUUCUUUUUUUUAAAGAUAUUUAUUAAAAGUUUAACAAUUACAGAAAAAGAGAAAAAAAGAAAACAGUAAAAAAUUACAAUACAUUACAUCAAAAGAAAAUAAAAACCAGAUUAAAAAAGAAAACAAUACAGCACAACAAUAAAAACAAAAAAACAAAAACAUGCAAAAACAAAAAACAUGCAAAAACACAUCCAAUAUUCCUUAUCUUUACCUUUCAUUUACCUGUUUCAUCGACCUCCUCACACCUCCCUUUUUGUAUUCUAGUUCAGUUAACUAUUUCAGCAAAUUCUUUCCAUCUUUCUCAAUUUUUAUUCUAUAAUUUAUCUUAACAGUCUAACCUUUAAUUUUUCCAUUUUUACCCAUUAUCAAUCAACUUUUACUUAAAUCUUUAUUACAUUUCUGUUAAAACCAUACAACUUCAUUCCAACAUCUUUCUAACAUUCAUUAAUUUUGCAAUGUUUCUGUAAAUAUACUUUAAAUUUUUUCCAAUCUUCUUCCACCAACUCUUCUCCCUGGUCUCGGAUUCUGCCAGUCAUUUCCGCCAGUUCCAUGUAGUCCAUCAGCUUCAUCUGCCAUUCUUCCCGGGUGGGUAAAUCUUGUGUCUUCCAAUACUUUGCGAUAAGUAUUCUUGCUGCUGUUGUAGCAUACAUAAAGAAAGUUCUAUCCUUCUUCAUCACCAAUUGGCCGACCAUGCCCAGGAGAAAGGCCUCUGGUUUCUUCAGGAAGGUAUAUUUAAAUACCUUUUUAAUUUCAUUAUAGAUCAUAUCCCAUAAUGCCUUAAUCUUUGGGCAUGUCCACCAAAGGUGAAAGAAUGUACCUUCAGUUUCAUUACAUUUCCAACAUUUGUUAUCGGGCAAAUGAUAAAUUUUUGCAAGCUUGACUGGUGUUAUGUACCACCUAUAAAUCAUUUUCAUUAAAUUCUCUUUUAAGGCAUUGCAUGCCGUAAACUUCAUACCAGUGGUCCUUUUCUUCUCCCAAAAAGAGUGGGGUUGGGGUUGUUCUUGCAUGGUUUUGAACUGGAGGUCAAAGGCUGGCUCCAGAGUGAUUAAAAUGUUUUCAAUCAAACAGGGGUGGUAGAAGCAGAAUCUGGAGAGGAACCAGAACUCUAUGAUGUUCUUUCAGGUGCCACCCUUGUAAAGGUCAAGCAGGAACCGAAAUUUCUAUCUGCAUCCCCUGGAGAGAGCAUCACCCUGCACUGCCAACUGACCCGGGCAAUUGUCCGCACUACCGUGAAAUGGUACAAGGAGUCCCAAGCUCUUGACACAGGAACCGAUUCCCGGGUGAGAAGACUCCAUCCUGACUCGCAAACAGACUUCUCCAUCCUCAUCCCCAACAUAGAACUCCAGGAUGCUGGGACCUAUUAUUGUAUGAAGGAAAUCUUUGGAAUGAAGCGGAAGGGGAAAGGCAGUGUGGUUUCUGUGGUUGGUAAGUGACUGACAAAUUGUUCUUAACAUGGGUGGGGAAGAACAUUAUCUCCAAGCAGUGAGAGCCUCCAGGGCUGCCUUCCUGUGUUUUUCCAGAAUUUCAUUUCCUUCGAAUGAAGAUCAGCAGGGACUGUUGGGUCUUUAUUUACACAUAUAAAGGUAAAGGGACCCCUGACCAUUAGGUCCAGUCGUGACCGACUCUGGGGUUGCAGCGCUCAUCUCGCUUUACUGGCCGAGGGAGCCAGCGUACAGCUUCCGGGUCAUGUGGCCAGCAUGACUAAGCCGCUUCUGGCAAACCAGAGCAGCACACGGAAAUGCCGUUUACCUUCCCGCCAGAGCGGUACCUAUUUAUCUACUUGCACUUUGACGUGCUUUCGAACUGCUAGGUUGGCAGGAGCAGGACUCGAUGGCCCUUGUGGUCUCUUCCAACUCUAUGAUUCUAUGAUUCUAUGAUUCUAGGAACCAAGCAAUGGGAGCUCACCCCAUCGUGGGGAUUCGAACCGCCGACCUUCUGAACAGCAAGUCCUAGGCUCUGUGGUUUAACCCACAGCGAAUACAUAAAAUCAUAGAAUUGUAGUUUAGAAGGGACCGAUUCUGCAAUUCUCCCCCAGGAGGAUACCUCAGGGAAGUUGGGGUCACCAGGCUAUUUCUCAAGGGACCAGCAAGGCUUAUUUUUACGACUAUAAGCUGUCUGUUUCCAUCCCCGUCAGCACCCUGUCAGUCAAAACGAGACCCUGGUGACGCAACUUUGGUUGAUUUCUUCUUCCCUUCCCUUUUUCCAUUUGUGUUGUAACAUUUCAGAUUGAAGUCAUUGCUAGUUACUGCAUUUUUUAAAAAAAUUAUAUGAACAUCGCUUUGGGAGUCUUUCUGGCUGAAGAGUAGGAUAUAAGUCCUAUGAAUUAAUUAAUUAAUAUUGAUCUUUCCUUAAAAGCUCAGAGCACAAAAAGUCCACAUUUUAACAAUUGGCUUUGUCUGCUCAGUUCCGCCCAAAGUGUGGCUGAAAAUGGACCCUCCCUCACCUGUCCAGGUGAAUGACACUGUGACAGUCACCUGCUACGUGGAAGGCUUUUAUCCCAGAUACAUCAUUUUUAACUGGCUGAAGGACCGGGAGGAAACCCCGCUGGAGGCGCCAGUUUUCGAAAUCCUGAAUCAGGAUGGGACCUUCUCCCUUCGGAGUUCCCUGGAAGUGACAGCAACUAAGCGGAACAGCUCUUCUGUGUUCACUUGCCGGGUUGUGCACAACUUCCAGCCCCCCAUUAGCAAAUCUGCGGUGCUAAAAGUCUUAAGCAGCACAGGUAAGCCUGAACCCCAUUUCCCCCAGAAGUAUCUGGAUAUAUGUGAAGGCUGCUUUCUACUGAAUCAAACCAAUAGCUUGCUCAGCAUUGCCUAGUGACGCUGAAGAUCUCCAUGGCUUCCCAGUCCUGCUACUGGACCGCCAGUAACGAAGACAUUAGUAAGAAGAGCCCUGCUGCAUUGUAUCAAAUGUUCAUCUCCUCCAUCCUUCACCUUCAAAGAAGGUGCUCUGGAGUGCAACUCCCACCAGCCGCAGGCAGCCAAACUGUGCUGGCCAGGGCUGAUGGGAGUUGUAGUCCAAAACAUCUGGAGGGCACCACGUUGGCAAAGGCUGAUUUAGUCCCAUUCCCUUUCCCCCACAGUGCAGAACAGAUGCUUUUGAGACACAUACUGGCAGAGAAAGGUGGCUAAUAGUCCUCUCCUGUUGAUGCUUCCUAGCUGCUGGUAUUCUGUGGCGUGCUUCCUCUUGACAUCAUCAUCAUCAUCAUCAUAAUUUAUUAUUUAUAACCCGCCCAUCUGGCUGGGCUUCCCCAGCCACUCUGGGCAGCUUUCAACAAAAUAUUACAAUACCGUAAUACACCAAACAUUAAAAGCUUCCCUAAACAUGGAGGACCCACGUAGCUAUCUCCACUUCCCUCAAUUUGUCUUCUCCCCUUUUAAAAUCAUCUAAGCCAGUGGUCCUCACCACAUCUUGGGGCUAAUAAUAAUAAUAAUAAUGUUUACAGUUAUACCCAAAUUAAAAUAACCACCAACCCCAAUCUACAUUUAACCAACCCCAACCCAACAAAAACAAAACAGAGGAACCAAAAUUAAAACCAUUUAAAACUCCAUAUAUACAACCUGGGACCAUCUUAAUGCAACACAUGUACUCUUCCAGUGUGGCUUGGGGCCUUCCCCCAAAUUGCAGAUUGCUUUGGAACGAAGCUACUUUGUCUUUCUGAUGUCAUGGACUGGUUGGGCACAGAGGAAUGGUGGGAGGAACCAGCUGGGGAACCAACAAGGGAAGAAGACUCAGAGUCCAAGGAUUGGUGGUGGGACAAUGUCAAAGGGAGAAGACAGAGAAGGGGAAGUGUCAGAAGCUGAAGAGGUAACAGGGCUUAGUGAGCUGGGAGAGUCAUAGAAUCAUAGAGUUGGAAGAGACCACAAGGGCCAUUGAGUCCAACCCCCUGCCAAGCAGGAAACAUCAUCAGAGCACUCCUGACAUAUGGUUGUCAAGCCUCUGCUUAAAGACCUCCAAAGAAGGAGACUCCACCACACUCCUUGGCAGCAAAUUCCACUGUCAAACAGCUCUUACUGUCAGGAAGUUCUUCCUAAUGUUUAGGUGGAAUCUUCUUUCUUGUAGUUUGGAUCCAUUGCUCCGUGUCCGCUCUCUGGAGCAGCAGAAAACAACCUUUCUCCCUCCUCUAUGUGACAUCCUUUUAUAUAUUUGAACAUGGCUAUCAUAUCACCCCUUAACCUCCUCUUCUCCAGGCUAAACAUGCCCAGCUCCCUUAGCCGUUCCUCAUAAGGCAUUGUUUCCAGGCCUUUGACCAUUUUGGUUGCCCUCCUCUGGACACGUUCCAGUUUGUCAGUGUCCUUCUUGAACUGUGGUGCCCAGAACUGGACACAGUACUCCAGGUGAGGUCUGACCAGAGCAGAAUACAGUGGCACUAUUACUUCCCUUGAUGUAGAUGCUAUACUCCUAUUGAUGCAGCCCAGAAUUGCAUUGGCUUUUUUAGCUGCCGCGUUACACUGUUGGCUCAUGUCAAGUUUGUGGUCAACCAAGACUCCUAGAUCCUUUUCACAUGUACUGCUCUCAAGCCAGGUGUCUGUGGUGGAGAGGAUGCCAGAAUCAGAGGCAGAAGCUGAAGCAGAAGGGAAUUGAAGCCAAGAGACAGAGAUGAGUCCGGCUGUUGAAGAAGCAAGAGUGUCUCUUCCUUCUGCUGUGACAAGCUCCCCUUCUCACUUGUUCCCCAGAACCAGAAGAGGCAUGAAAAGGGUGGUUCUCUGCAUGCUGGCGCAGUCUCUGAUUGCUUAGAAAAAGCCCUGGAGAGAACUUAGACAACUGUAGGGAAGCAGAGACUUUCAGCAACUAAUUUUAAAGGAGAAAGGCCACUUGGAAUACACUGCUCUGACACUCAGCCAGGUCUAUGGAGGUCCUGUUUUAGCUGGUAAAAAGUCAACUCCAACUUUGAACUGGGUGAUUACUGACUGGCCUGUGACAUCUGACUUGUGGGGACUUUCCAGGUUUUGGCUUUAAGCUGGCUACUAGAGAUGCUCUUAUGCUUGAACUGAGCCAGUGGAGGCUGGUCUAUUGGGAAGAAUGCGGCACUUUCAGACCACCCCUGAAUCUGAGCUCAGCCGGCCACCAUCUGUCUACUUUCUUCCUUACAACCAAUGCAGGGUUUGGCCUUGUCUCUCAGCUUCCUCCUUCUUACGCUCAGCAUUGCCCGUUCGUUGAACUCAGCAGGGAAGAGAAUUAGGACAAAACUAGAAUGAGUUGGCUCUGUCCAUCAUUGGCCCUGGUGCCCCUGCCUUCCACGCCACCAAUCCAAAAGGGCACUAGUCACCACUGCCGAACUUGUGACCUUCUGAAAGCAAAGUGUGUGGUGGCUCCUUCUCUGUGGAAACUCCCUGAAGGUUGCCCAAUGCAAGUGAUUCAUGAUGAACGCACGGGUUCAUGGAAAGUGUCUUCUGUUGCCAACACCAACACUUUCCAGCAAAGUAACAUGUCACCAAGGCAACCGUCUCCAUAGGCAACUUUUUUGGCACAAUUCCAAUUUCUGCGGAGUGUUGACGGAGAGCUCUGUGCAGUCCCAUUGGCAAACGGCAACCACCUGCAGCAGCACACCAAGUCUCUGCAAGCACAUGGCCAACACUUCAGGCCUUCUACCAUCUUAUAUCUGAAGGCGAGGAAGAUGGAAAGGUUUCAGCAAACCAUCUUUCGUGCAUUGUGUAUAUUUACUGAGGACUUUUGCAGACACCAUGAGAGUUGCUGCUGUUCUGGGCUGCAUCAAUAGAAGUAUAGUGUCCAGACCAAGGAAAGUUGUUGUUGUUGUUUAGUCUUGUCUGACUCUUCGUGACCCCAUGGACCAUAGCACGCCAGGCACUUCCGUCUUCCGCUGCCUCCCGCAGUUUGGUCAUACUCAUGCUGGUAGCUUCAAGAACACUGUCGAGCCAUCCCGUCAUCUGUCGUCCCCUUCUCCUUGUGCCCUCCAUCUUUCCUAACAUCAGGGUCUUUUCCAGGGAGUCUUCUCUUCUCAUGAGGUGGCCAAAGUAUUGGAGCCUCAGCUUCACGAUCUGUCCUUCCAGUGAGCACUCAGGGCUGAUUUCCUUCAGAAUGGAUAGGUUUGAUCUUCUUGCAGUCCAUGGGACUCUCAAGAGUCUCCUCCAGCACCAGAAUUCAAAAGCAUCAAUUCUUUGGCGAUCAGCCUUCUUCAUGGUCCAGCUCUCACUUCCAUACAUCACUACUGGGAAAACCAUAGCUUUAACUAUGUGGACCUUUGUUGGCAAGGUGAUGUCUCUGCUUUUGAAGAUGCUGUCUAGGUUUGUCAUUACUUUUCUCCCAAGAAGCAGACAUCUUUUAAUUUCAUGGCUGCUGUCACCAUCUGCAGUGAUCAUGGAGCCCAAGAAAGUAAAAUCUCUCACUGCCUCCAUUUCUUCCCCUUCUAUUUGCCAGGAGGUGAUGGGCCCAGUGGCCAUGGUCUUCGUUUUUUUGAUGUUGAGCUUCAGACCAUAUUUUGCGCUCUCCUCUUUCACCCUCAUUAAAAGGUUCUUUAAUUCCUCCUCACUUUUUGCCAUCAAGGUUUUGUCAUCUGCAUAUCAGGAAAGUUGUAGUACCACUCUAUUCAGCCUUGAUCAGACCACACCUGGAAUACAGUGGUACAUCCGAUUAUGAACUUCAUUCUGGAGGUCUGUUCUUAACCCCAAACCGUUCUUAACCUGAGGCGCGGUUUCGCUAAUGGGGCCUCCUGCUGCUGUCGCGCUGCCGGUGCGCAACUUCUGCUCACAUCCCAGGGCAAAGUUCGCUACCAGGAGACCUGCUUCCGGGUUAGCGGAGCUCGUUACCCGAAGUGUUUGUAAGGAGGACAGAACGUAACCCGAGGUUCCACUGUACUGUGUCCAAUUCUGGGCACCACAAUUUAAAGAUGUUGACAAGCUGGAAGGUAUGCAGAGGAGGGCAACCAAGAUGACCAAGGGUCUGGAAAACAAGCCUUAUUUGGAACGGUUGAGGGAGCUGGGAAUGUUUAGCCUGGGAAAGAGGAGUCCAAGAGGAGAUGCGAUAGCCAUCUUCAAAGAUCUCAAAGGCUGUCACAUGAAAGAUGGAGCAAGCUUGUUCUCUCUUGCUCCGAAGAGUAGGACUCAAACCAAUGGCUUCAAGUUACAAGAAAGAUGAUUCUGACUGAAAUCAGGAAGAACUUUCCGACAGUAAGAGCUGUUUGAAAGUGGAAAAGUCUCCCUCGGGAGGUGGUGGACUCUCCUUCCUUGGAGGUUUCUAAGCAGAGGUUGGGUGGCCAUCUGUCAGGGAUGCUUUAGCUGAGAUUCCUGCAUUGCAGGGGGCUGGACUAGAUUGACCUUGGGGCUCCCUUCCAACUCUGCAAUUCUAUGAUUCUACUGGUGAGCACACUGGCUCCCACAGAGAUCACGCUGGCGACCCCUGCGCUAACAUGGCAAUUAAGAAUAACACAUGUAAGUAGAAUCUUUCCAUAGAGGACCAUCAGGGGAGAAAUCAGAUAAGAAAGCCUGCCAGUUCCUAACACUUCAUGCCAACUUUCCAAACUGAAUAUCAACACAGCCGCGGCCUCUUUUGCCUGCUAGAACCAGCAGUUUGCCUCCACGCAGAAGAUGCCCUUGUCUGCCCACAUACUGCUUUUCUUACCUUAUUGUCCUAUAGCUGCAACAUUGCAGACUUUUCCUCCUCUUUCCCCCUUUGGCUUUGCUUGCAUUUGGGGUUCAAAUAAAUGUAUCAGCUCUCCCUGCCACCAGCCAGCCAUACCAGGGUGGACCUGAUUGGGGGCCACCAGACCAUCAUGAUUUUGCAGGAAGGAUAUGAGCACAGGCCAUAUCUUUAGGUGUGCACAUUUAAAGCGAAUUAACGACUGUCACGCUUCCCAAUUGGUCAGGACCAUCCCUUGGAGGGCAGUGGGAUUAUCUAGGGCAGUGAUGGCAAAGCUUCUAGAGACCGAGUGCCCAAACUGCUACCCAAAGACCACUUAUUUAUCGCAAAGUGCCAACAUGGCAAUUCACCAUAUUUUUCGCUCCAUAAGACGCACGUAGUUUUUAGAGCAGGAGAACAAGAAAAAGAUUUUCUGACUCAAAUGUUGUACUAAACUAUUUAAAACAGCAAAGUGGGUGGUUCCUGCCCGCUUUGCUGCUUUAAAGCGAACCACGGUAUAUAAUGAAGAGAAUGAAAAUAGGAUAGACGUUCCAUUACAAUGUAGCUGUUUUCAUUAUCACUGGGAAGUCAGUAUUGGCAGCGGUCACAUAAACUAAAAUUUGAGCAUUUUACUGUUAUUAAUCAAGAAUGGUAAUAGUCAGGGAAAGAACCAGGGCUGUGCAAAUGAGAAGUGCUUGGAUUAUGGAGGAACAGCAGAGAGAUCAAAUGAUUGCGCUCCAGUUCCUAAAUCUGUGAAGUUUUUUUCAAAACAGGCAUGGUUGUUUUGAAAGGAAGAUUCAAAGAGUGGGAAAUGGAGUGAUUGAACAAAGAACAGAGGAGGAAAAGAGGGCAGAUAAAUAGCUUCCAUUCAAUACCAAGAAAACACAAUGUUUUUGGUUUGGUAUAGGUGGACUGUACUUGUAAGAAUUCGUAUAAUGAAUUAUAGAUUUGGAGUGGAAUAUCAAUGCCUCUUUUCAGCGAUAAAGAUUAGCUCUGGCAGUCCCACCCUGAGUGGGGGAAGGCUGGGCCGGCAAGUAGGAGUGGAAUCGUGCUGCUCUGCUUGGCAGAGUCGCUGCUUGCACGGGAAGAGGAGAUGGAUCAAGGCUGCUCAGCUGGGGAGGUGCAGGCUCCAUCACACUUUGAGGGGUUCGCGGCUGCACUCCCCUCAAGGGAGAAGCUUAAAGGAGCCCCCACCUCUGCAUCAGAUCCCCUGCAACCCCGUGAAGGCAGCCAGGCUGAAUAGUUGCUGGGCUUGUGGAAGGUGGAGGCAGCCCGGAAGCUGCACCUGAGAGCCCCUGCACCACCUGAAGGCAGCCAGGCACCCCUCAGCUGAGCUGCCCCAUCCCGCUCCUACUUGCGUGCAAGCAAGGGUGGAGGCGGGGAUCUCAGCGCGAAGCCUCCACUCCACUUCUGAGAGAUCCCUGCCUCUACUCCUGCUUGCACGCGAGCCCCCCUCUCCUCCCCACACCCACCACGGAAGCUACGGCCCUGCUUGGGCGACAGUGAGUGUACCCACAGAGAGAGCUCUGAGUGCCCUCUCUGCCACAUGUGCCAUAGGUUCACCACCACAGAUCUAGGAGGCAAGGGGGUGGCAGAGGGUGCUAGAAAUGAUUCUUGGCCUGCUAUUGCUGGAUCAAGUUCACUUUUGUGAAUUAAACUAAUAAUAAUAAUAAUAAUAAUAAUAAUAAUAAUAAUAAUAAUAAUAAUAUUUAUUUAUAUCCCGCCCUCCCCAGCUGAAGCCGGGCUCAGGGCGGCUAACAACACUAAAAUAGUGCAACAUUAUAAAAAUUAAUUAAAAUCAAAAUCGAUGGCAACCAUAAACUAAAGUUUUGUAAAGAUUGCCAAAGGAGGGAGUCAGGCUGCGCCCUGACCAAAGGCCUGGUGGAACAGCUCUGUCUUGCAGGCCCUGCGGAAAGAUGUCAAGUCCCGCAGGGCCCUGGUCUCUUGCCACAGCCGAAAAAGCCCUGGCUCUAGUUGACGCCAGCCUAGCCUCUCUGUGGCCUGGGUCCUUCAAGAUGUUUUUGUUUGAAGACCGUAAGUUGCUCUGUGGGGCAUACCAGGAGAGGCGGUCCCGUAGGUACGAGGGUCCUAGGCCGUAUAGGGCUUUGAAGGUUAAAACCAGCACCUUAAACCUGAUCCUGUACUCCACCGGGAGCCAGUGCAGCUGGUAUAGCACCGGGUGAAUGUGAUCUCGCAGCGAGGACCCUGUAAGGAGUCUCGCUGCAGCAUUCUGCACCCGCUGGAGUUUCUGGGUCAGUCUCAAGACUACCGUAGUUUUCACUGGAUUUUGAAUAAACGUGCAAUUAAUCAUUACUCUAUUGAAAGCCCCACAAUCCCAGAAAAAAGGGGGCUCCUUUCUCCAAAGUACUUUUUGUAGGGUUCCAAUGAAUAAUAUUUUAUUUCAGUUUUUGCAUCCCAGUUGUUGGUGCUGGGAGGGGGAGGGUUUAAAAUGUUUCCUGGAAAAGAAACCUAUAAUUGUGAAUAACAAACAAGAGCUGAUCUGCCAUUCUUUCUUAACAGGCGAAGGACAUCUAUUCUCCAGUUCUGCUUUCUGGAUUGGAUUUAUCCUAAAUAAGGUCAUAGCUGCUUUCUUGCUCCUAUGUCUUUUCCUGAGAAAACAGCAUGGCAAGAUGAAUCCCUCACAACAUUAUGGGAGUGAAUGA